AGAGAGAGAGAGAGGGAAGGAAGGGCAGAGGUUCCUCGUUGAAUCCUCUGCCCAGAUUGGAGAUGGAUCAACAACUGGGUUUGGAGCCGGAGCUGGAACCGGCUAGACUGCAGCAUCUGACCCACUCCAGAGACGGCCAGUGUCCUCUGGCUGUCUCCCAGCCAGUAAGCGGCGUGGGCUCGGCACCGGGCUCCCGGGACUACCGGCCAGACCUGACCCUGGCGAACCCGGCCGCUGGCCACUACUCUGCCUUGGUCCACCCUGGCCCGGCCACGGACAGGUACCGAGACCUGCUCCUGCCCAACAAUCUCACGGCCGGCUUCGCCUACGCGAGGGAGAACGGGGACUGCGCCGAUUUCUACGGCCUCCACCUCAAAGAUCUCGGCUUGGGUCAGCCGCUGGUCAACCAAGGAACUGGUCCCUACGGGCUCUGCCCCGGCCAAAUGGGCGUGGAGAAGAUAUCACACAUCUUCUCAGGUGGAUCGACGUCAAUGUUCUCACCAGAAGAUCACAACUUGAUGUCGCAUCCGCCCGCUCCAACGUUGUUCUCUCAAGACCACCAGGACGUGGACCUCCUUGCCCGCACGUCCUACCACGGUGCCUCACCACCAGGGACAUCCAAGGUGCAAGCCUUCAGACAAUCGGAAGACAUCAACACCAAAGAGGUGGCCCGCAAAGUGAUGGGGGAGUUGAAGAGGUACAACAUCCCGCAGGCUGUCUUCGCACGGAGGGUCCUCUGCCGUUCACAGGGAACUCUGUCCGACCUCCUGAGAAACCCCAAGCCUUGGACCAAACUCAAAUCCGGGAGGGAGACCUUCAGGAGGAUGUGGAGCUGGUUGCAGGAGCCGGAAUACCAGAGGAUGUCCUAUCUCAGGCUGGAAGCUUCCCGGAGGAAGGAGCAGGAGGGAGCAGGGGUCGAGCAUCAUCGUUCGCCCAAGAGGCACCGGCUGGUCUUCACCGACAUACAGCGCCGCACCCUCCUGGCCAUCUACAAGGAGAACCCGCGGCCCAACCGGGACCUCCAGCUGACCAUCGCCCUCCAACUUGGCCUGGAGUUGUCCACUGUCGCCAACUUCUUCAUGAACUCGCGCCGCCGGAGCAUGGACAAGUGGUCGGAGGAGGGAACACAGGUCACAAUCGACAACAGGCAAUAGGUGCAGGAGUAGAGAGGCCAUUCGGCCCCUCGAGCCAGCACCGCCAUUCACUGUGAUCAUAGAAACAUAGAAAAUAGGUGCAGGAGUAGGCCAUUCGGCCCCUCGAGCCAGCACCGCCAUUCACUGUGAUCAUAGAAACAUAGAAAAUAGGUGCAGGAGUAGAGGCCAUUCGGCCCCCCGAGCCAGCACCGCCAUUCGAUAUGAUCACGGUUGAUCAUCCAACUCAGUAUCCCAUCCCUGCCUUCUCUCCAUACCCCCUGAUCCCUUUAGCCACAAGGGCCACAUCUAACUCCCUCUUAAAUAUAGCCAAUGAACUGUGUGGCCUCAACUACCUUCUGAGGCAGAGAAUUCCACAGAUUCACUACUCUCUGUGUAAAAAAUAAUUUUCUCAUCUCGGUCCUAAAAGAUUUCCCCUUUAUCCUUAAACUGUGACCUCUAGUUCUGGACUUCCCCAACAUCGGGAAUAAUCUGUUUAAGAAGGAACUGCAGAUGCUGGAAAAUUGAAGGUACACAAAAAAGCUGGAGAAACU